ACCUCACUCACCCCCUCCCCUUCAUACUCCCUCCUCCCAUAGACCAAAUUACCUUCCAUCCUGUAAAUCCCUAUUCAAAUGCACAUAUCACCACCACCACUCCCACUCCCCUCAUAACACACUCAAAAAAUGCCAACUCCCCUCCAACCCCCAGACCACCCCCUCGCCCUCCGCCGCACUCACCUCCUCGCCCCAGCCCCCGAUCGUCUCACCAACACCCCCACAACCCUAACAAUAACCCGCAACAACACCCUCUCCGGCCGCGCCUUCAGCGUCCACCACCUGCGGACCCACGAACCCUACGACAGUCCCACCCGCCGCUCCCUGCUAUACACCGUCUCCGGCCGAUUCUGGAGCGGUACCCAAGCACGCGAGAUCCGCGAUGCAGCAGGCAGACCCCUCCUCGAGCUCCGCCGGAUGUGGUGGCAGCGCGCAUGGAGCGUGAAACGCGCCGGCGGAGGCGGCGACGAGCUCAUGGGCGCGGAAAUGCGGUGGGGCGCGGGCGUGAAGAUGAAAAUGGCUGUGCGAGUGCGCAAUGCGUUGCUCGUUGGUGCGGGGAGGAGAAGUGAAGCCGAUGAUGAGUUUUUGCGGAGCGAGUACUAUCCCAUGCACAGUGGACGUGGAGGUCGACGCCAGCAACAUCAAAACCACCACCAACAGUAUCGACGAUGGGCAUCCCCUCCACCACCAUACACCGCCAUCGCCAGUUCCAGUACCAACCCCGGCCCAGGUCCCGGCCCUGGAUCUAUACGUCGCCGCCGCUCAACAGACACUGUCAGUUCAAAGUCCACCCACCUCCCCUCCUACGCCUCCGCCCACCGCCGCUCAACACAUUCCCUCCGCGAACUCCUCGACGCAGUCGAGCCACCGGCCGAACCAGCCCCGGCAUCAAGUUAUGCGUAUGCAUUCCCGCCGCCGAGGCGGUAUUCGGAGGCUGUGGUGGAAGAGCGGGCGGAGCUGCGGGUAGUGCAGAUGAGUAAUACGGUUGCGGCGGUGAUGAUGGGGGAGAAGAAGAUUGUUUCGAUUCGGAGGGAGAAGGUGAUGAUGAAUUCGCAGUUGAGUGGGCCGAUGGAUCGGUGGGAGGUUGGUGUUGCGGAGGGGGUGGAUUUGUUGCUUGCUGUUAGUAUCGUGUUGAUCAUGGCAGAGUUUGUGAGACAUGAGUACCGGGUACGAAUCAGUUGAUGAAGAUGGGAAUUGAUUUGAGAGAAUUACGAUCCUUGGGGAGAGUUGGGUCCGAGCUGGAGUGUAUGAAUGGAGGAUCUCAUGCAUACCUUGCAUAUCUGGCAUUUUUCCUUGCAAUUUUGCUAUUUUUCAUGUCCCUUGAGCCUGCAUCGCAUUUGCCUGCGUCUGGGUCAUUUUCACUUUAUAUCUUACAUUCACGUUACUUGACUGUUUAUGACAAUUAUGACUCUAUGGAAGGAAUAUCCAUUUUCAAACUCGG